AUGACUAAAGUGUCGCUGAUAGUGGCGGCGCUGGUUCCCAAGUACGGAAUUGGCUACAAGGGCCAAUUGCCAUGGGCGCUGAAGGAGGAAAUGCGGUAUUUUCGCAGAAUCACGACGCAGACGGCAGAUAAAAAUAAGAAGAACGCGGUCGUAAUGGGCAGAAAAACGUGGGAGUCGAUCCCAGAGCGGUUCCGUCCGUUGAAGGGGAGAGUCAAUGUGGUUCUGACGCGAGAUAUGAGCGCGUUUUCAAGCAAAUAUUCGGAGGAGGUGGCAAAACACGGCAAUAACGUCAAAGUGGCAGAUUCUCUGAAAAGCGCGCUCCAGACGCUGGACAUGGACACUAUCGAGGAGGUGUUUGUGAUAGGUGGAGCGGAGCUCUACAAUGACGUGCUUCGAGCCACGCCUGAGCUGGUGGAUAGGCUACUGUUGACGGAAGUCCGCACCGAGAAGGAACUGGAAAUGGACGCCUUCAUCGACGUCGGAACGCUCUGGAAGAAGCAGGAUCCGCAGGUCUGGAAGUCGUAUCUGGCCAGCAAAGGGCUGGAAAACGAGUUCUCGCAAGACAACCACGAGGCUGGCUUCCAGUUCAGCUACCAUAUCUAUAGUCGGUGUUAG